UUCAACAAGUAGUAGGAGCAACAGUUGCCCACAGCACAGUUAUUUCUGGUUCGAAAACUAGUUGCUCAAGUGUACGGAUUAUCGCAACCAACCAGCAGAUAGAAGCGGCAGCAAGAGUCGCGACGGAGUGCGGGAGGACAACACGCUAAUCCCGAGGACAACAGUCAGGACACACACGCACACAAGAAAAGAAACGAAAAGAAAAGAAAACGUCAUGAAGCCCGACAUAUUAACGCUCUGCAUCCUGGCAACGACGAUCCUGGCCAGCACACGUCACGUCAUUGGCUUUCUGACUUCCCAGACGUCGUCAUCGUCGUCGCUGGCAUCUUCAGCUGGCAUAGCAGGCAAUGGCAUUGGCAUUGGCCCAGCAUCAGUUGUGGAACAACAGCAGCAGGAGAAUGAUGUGGUGAUACAACCGCGUCGACACUUGGACGCAACGUUGGAACGUAACGUUUACGAUCCCGGCGAUGAGCUGCUGCAAGCCCUCAACACGGAACUGGGGCUGGCCAUGCCAGAGCCAGAGGAGCCAGACUACGUGAAUGCUGUGAAUCCGAAUACGAAUGCGAUUGCGAUUGCGAAUGAGCUUGAGGUGGCCAGCAAGUUCGAUAUGCUGAAGAAGCUCGAGGACGAUUUGCGUGCUGAGCAGGAACUUGUCGACAAAUCCGCUUUGCUCAUGAAAAUGCUUGAGGAUCCGACAUUGGACACGCUGCCUUUGGUCUAUGUGGAGGAGGAGGAACCUGCAGCAAUUACUGCUGUUGCUGGCAACGAUGACUAUCCGGAGCUCGAGACGGGUUUGCAGAGUCUGGUGCUUGGUCAGACCAAGCCGAAACGUUCGCGUUACUAUCGUCGUUAUCCCUGGAAGCGUCACAAUCGAAACCGCGGUUCUUACAUGAAUUCUAUCAACAGCAACUAUGAACCGGAAUUGCGUUAUGCCUGCACCCCAAGCAAGGAGGACAUCUUCAAGCUCCUCGUCAAUCUGCAUGAGAAUCGCAAAGGAAAUCACAGCAAGACGGUCAACUUUUGUAAUCGCAAGCGUCCCGCCAAGGCCGUGUUUACCAACAUACGAUUCCUGGGCUAGAUUUGGAUACGGAAUACGAAUAUAAUGGACACACACACACUGAGACACAAUACACAAACAGGUACACACACACAUACACACAUAUGUAUACCAAGCAUCAAUUGUACAUUGCUGACAAAGUCAAGCGCGAAAACUGGAGAACAACAAGCACUAACAAUUAGUUAACUAACUAAACUAAACUAAACGAAACUAACAUUAAAGUAAUUAACCAAACAAUUAAGUACUUAGAAAAACCUCCCGCACUUGGUAGCAAUUUUUGAAUGUAUUCGCACCUCUAAGCUAGACAAAAUUACCCCUGACUUUACCACACACACACACAUACAUAAAACCCCUUCCCCCUAAAUGUGUUGUAUAUAUACCGAGAUAAAAAACAAAAUAUAUAAAGUUUUAAUAUUGUGUGUUAACAACUUUUUCAACUUGUCAUAUCAUUAGAACGCGUCAAUCGGUGUCGGUAGUUGAGUAUUACAAAAAAGAAAAAGAAAAACCUAUUAUUGUUACUAACUCUACUAUUACUACUAAUAUUAUUACGAAACUUUAGUAGAAAUUGCGACUAAUUAUAAAUACGAAUGCAAAAACGAAACAUCAAUGUGUAUAUAUGUAUAUGUAUACUUAACAAAACUAAUUCUUAUACUUGUAUGUAAGAAUCAAGGAAAAUCUUAAUGCUAAUAAUAAUA